GGCAGCAUGUGUGAGUAUGUGCUGUAAUGUGUGUGUGUAGAGCUGAGAGCUGCGCAGGAGUCCGGGAGACGUCUCAUUGAUGCCAGGAUUCCCCUGUUUGCUCCCGGAGAGGACACGUGCUGACGCUGUUUUAACCACCACAGGGAAUUAACUGGUGCUUACACUGGAACCACUGGGAGCUUAAGGACAGGGCAAACUGACACCGUCGUUUGAGGAUGUGUGGAGGAUCAUGUGGUCUGUGAAUGGUGACACCUCAGUGAUGAUGAGAAGCUAGUGAUGCUGCAGCUUAACUUCAGUUGAAUCAUGGGAAACGUGGAGAGUCAGAAUGGUGAUAGCAGUUUCUACGGCGAUGUGACGGGACAUCUCUCACGUAAACACACGUCCAGGUCACUCCGUCUCUCCAACAAGCAGCAGAUCACCCGGCGCCCUCGACACUCUUCCUCAGCGAAACAGGAACACAGAAACUCUGAAGCCUCCACUCGCUCUUCCAGCACCCCGAGCAUCCCACAAUCCUUAGCUGAGAACGGACUGGAACCUUUCAACGCCACAGAUGAGUUUGAAGAGUUCGGCAUCAACCCCCACUGGACUCAGCGUGUCGCUAUGACAAUGAGGCCGGAGUCCUACCAGCAUGACGACGAUCCUUUGGCCACGCCCACCCCUGAAACAUCAGAGGCGGACACAAUCGCUCAGGAUGGAGGAGAAGACUCAAUGGGGGAAGGGGAGGGGGAUGUUAUGGGAGAGGAGAGGUAUCUCCAGAGGAUGACCGAGGGUCCACGGGAGGGAGGGAGUUUCAAAAAAAAGAGGUCAAAGUCGGCAGACAUGUGGAGGGAGGACAGCCUGGAGUUCUCCCUGUCUGACCUGAGCCAGGAGCAUCUGACCAGCACAGAGGAAAUGAUAGAUGGAGGAGAGGAUGAGGAUGAGGAGCAGUUCUCGCGCCCUCGAGCCAGUGCAGGCUCCGCUGAAAGGGCAUCGUCUCUGGACCAUCUGUGCAGCCAGCAGAGUCCUGGCCUCAGGGGGCAGAGGAGCCGUUUCGCUAAAAACCGGAGGGAGGCAGAGUGUGAUGGAGAUGGAGAAGGGGAGGAGGAGUUGAUGUCUCCGACUGAGGAGGAUGGCGGCGGUUACGGAGCGUUCACACUCCCAUGCAGACGCUCGCACUGCCUGUCUGAAGGCUUGGCAGGGCUGGGUAUCCCAGCUGCACCGUGUCCUGCUUUCCAAGGACGACGUGCACAAACUACUCAGGAUAUCUCUGGAGUUUUGGGCGAAGGAAGUGAGUAUGGCGACAGUGGCAUUGAUGGCGUCACCACAGAGAUAGACGGGGAUGGAGAGCUGGUGUCACGGCGCUGUAAGGCCAUGUCGGCUUCUUUCUCUGUGUACUCCGCUACGGAGAGCAGUGUCUUCAACGGGAGUGACAGUGGGAGCAGCAGCGCAGGAGGAGGAGACGUACGAGGCGGCGAAGGAAACAGGGGUGGAGUGUAUGAGAAUUUCCGCAAGGAGCUUGACAAUCAAGCUUGGACGCAUCACAGUCGGGACUGCACAGAAGAGGCUAGCUCUGCCGUGAGUGAUGAGCAGAGCAGCGGCACACUGAGCAGUGCAUAUCCAUCGGACACUCUGAUUGGCUGUGCUCAGGGAACAGUCAGAAAAGCAGGGGCUCUGGCUGUGAAGAACUUCUUGGUUCAUAAGAAGAACAAGAAGGUGGAGCCUGCAACGAAGCGCAAGUGGAAACACUACUGGGUGUCUCUGAAAGGCUGCACUCUCUUCUUGUAUGACUCGGACUGUCGGUCUGGGAUCGACCACAACAGCGUGCCCAAACAUGCACUGUGGGUAGAGAAUAGCAUCGUCCAGGCUGUUCCUGAACACCCAAAGAAAGACUUUGUUUUCUGCCUCAGCAACUCAGUGGGAGAUGCAUUCCUUUUCCAGACAUCAGGCCAGACUGAACUGGAGAAUUGGAUCACAGCGAUCCACUCUGCAUGUGCCGCCGCUCUGGCCCGGCAGCAUCACAGGGAGGAUACAGUGCGACUGCUGCGAACCGAGAUCCGCAAGCUGGAGCAGAAGAUCGACAUGGAUGAGAAGAUGAAGAAGAUGGGAGACAUGCAGCUGUCCACUGUCACUGAUGGCAAGAAGAGGAAGACUAUACUGGAGCAGAUCUUCCUUUGGGAGCAGAACUUGGAGAGGUUUCACAUGGAUCUUUUCCGCUGUCGUUGCUACCUGGCUAGUCUGCAAGGUGGAGAACCCCCCAACCCCAAGCGCCUGCUGGGAUUCGCUUCCCGUCCCACCAAGCUGGCCAUGGGACGACUGGGCAUCUUCUCUGUGUCUUCCUUCCAUGCACUGGUGUCAGCCCGUACAGAAAGUAAUCUCAGGAAGCGGAACCAAGCCAUGCCUCGUACCUUUAGUAAACGCCGAAGCCGGUUCUCCUCACUCUGGGGACUGGACACCACGUCAAAGAGGAAGACCAUGGGGCAUCCAUCAAUCAACCAGGUGUUUGUUGAUGGGAUGGAACCAGCCAGAAAACCACUUGAGCGUAUGUUUGAAGACUCAUCCAGUGAGAAAUCUAAAGAGAGAGAUGGUGCAGUGAAAAGUCUUCCUCAACAAAACGUGGACAGCGACAUCUGGGUUCCUGAUUACCUGACUCCCUCCUGGGUGUGCCUGCCCAACAACCGGCCCGUCCUGGCCAUCGUACAGCCUGGCGAGACAUCGCUGGAAGUCCUGAGCGCUGUCUGUGAGACCCAUAAGAUAGACCCCUCUGGCCAUUACCUGCGUUUGAAGGUGUGGAUGGACAACCAGACGCUCUUUUAUGUUCCCAAACUUGAGGAGGAAAUCUCGGAUAUGCUCUACAAAGAGAUUGAGAUUUGCCCCAAAGUGACAAAGGUGAUCCGUUUUGACAAAGCUGAGUCCUGCACCCUCGGAUACGGUUUUUCUGUGGCAGUAAUAGAUGAGGACGGGACGCAGCAGCUCCAUAUAACUGAAGUGAAAGCAGAGGGACUGGCCUCAGCUAAAGGUUUGAAAGCAGGGGAUGAGAUCCUGUUGUUGAACGGUAAACCUGCAUCUGCUCUCCAAAUGGAAGACAUGAGGGCUGCCUUUGUGAACCAAGCAUUGACCUUGAGCGUUAGCACCCUGCCCCAGCUGGACUCACGGUUGCUGUGCACCCUGCCUCCCCGGCGCUCAGAUGGAGAACAGGACCCUACCACAGACAUCUUUUCCCAGAGCCAAGAGGACAUCCUGGAUGAGGUGUCGGGGUUAACCGUGACUAGCCAAGAUGAGAGUUUAGAUGAAGGACCUCGUCUGACCCUGCAGAGCCCUGGAGGUCAUCUGGAAGACAAAACCUUCAUCGGGAUUGGACAGAAGAGCACAGAGCAGGUCACUGCUUUCUGCCGCAGUCUCCAUGACAUGAAUUCCCUGGACUGCCCCAUAUCAUCCUCCUCAUCGUCAUCUUCAUCAUCCCUUUCUCCGAGUCCUGUGUCAGCUCUACCACCCACAGUAUCAACCGCCACUCAGAGACAGCUCUCCCACGCAGACAAGCUCCGCAAAGUCAUCAAUGAGCUGGUGGAGACGGAGAAGACUUAUGUCAAGGACUUAAGGUACUUAAUAGAUUGCUACCUGACACCUUUGCAGAAAGAGAGCUUCCUUACUCAGGAUGAGCUGGAUGUUUUGUUUGGUAAUCUCGGAGAGAUGGUGGAGUUCCAGGUGGAGUUUCUACGGACCCUAGAAGAUGGGAUCAAGCUGGUGUCGGAUCUGGAGUGUCUGGAAAGAGUGGAGCAGUUUAAGAAAGUGCUCUUCUCUUUGGGCGGGUCAUUCCUGUAUUACGCUGAUCGCUUCAAGAUCUACAGCGCCUUCUGUGCUAGCCACACCAAAGUCCCAAAGGUGCUGGCUAAAGCGAAGACUGACCCAGAUUUCAAAGCUUUCCUGGCCGUGAGAAACCCCCGACAGCAACAUUCCUCCACUCUGGAGUCGUACUUGAUCAAACCUAUUCAGAGGGUCCUGAAGUACCCCCUGCUGCUGAGGGAGCUUUACUCCCUCACUGAUCCGGACAGUGAGGAACACUACCACCUGGAUGUUGCAAUGAAGGCAAUGAACAAAGUUGCGAGUCACAUCAAUGAAAUGCAGAAACUUCAUGAGGAGUACGGAGGCGUUUUUGACCAGCUCAUCAAUGAACAGACUUCUGUUAAAAAAGAAGUGGCCGAUCUUUCCAUGGGAGACCUUUUGCUCCAUUCAACUGUAAUGUGGAUCAAUCCUCCAGCAUCUUUGGUUAAAAGCAAAAAAGACCCUGAUCUGGCUGCUUUUGUGUUCAAAACAGCGGUUGUAUUUGUGUACAAAGAAAACUCCAAGCACAGGAAAAAGAUUGGUGCAUCUCACCGUACGUCUGUGAAUGACGACAGGGAUCCUUUCCGUUUCCGUCACAUGAUUGCAACAGACUCUCUUCAAGUCCGCAACCUUGCAAAUUCAGAGGGCACGGCUGUGUGUGAGAUAGUCCACACAAGAUCAGAAUCUGAAGGGAGACCAGAGAGAACCUUCCAGUUGUGCUGCAGUUCUCCAGACAGUAAGAAGGACUUACUAAAAGCAGUCCACUCCAUCCUUCGAGAGAAGCAGCGGCGUCAGCUUCUUAAGACAGAGUCUCUGCCCCCAAACCAGCAGUAUGUCCCAUUUGGAGGCAAACGUCUGUGUGCUCUUAAAGGGGCACGACCCUCCAUGAACAGAGCGGCAUCAGCUCCCUCACGAAUGCUGGCUCGCAGGAAGCUGGUGAGGAACCGCUUUACUAUUGAUACUGAUCUCGUUUUCCACGGCAAUAACAACAACAGCAGCGAUUCAGACCCUUCCUCGCAACCACCUCUUUCCCAGCAUGCUCAUCUUCAGUCCAACAAACCUCAUGGUGAGGACACGGACCGAUGGGUGGAGGAGCAGUUUGACCUGGCUCGUUACGAAGACCACGGUGAGGUCAUUGACUUGGGGCAGGUGAAGGAGACGGACAUUUUGAGCGACGAUGACGAGUACUGCAAGUCCGUUAGGGCCGCGUCUGCAGAACCUUCGAAGCUGGACGGCAAGAUGCAGGGACUGGACUUGAACAGAGGAGUAGAGACUGUAAGUGGCAUCAUGCAGGGCAGGAUGCAGGAGGGUGAAGUUAAUCAAAUAAAGCACAGUGAUGACACAGGCUCUGUGGACUCUUUCACCUCCUGUGGUGUCUCUCUUUCCCACUGUGCAGCCCCGAGUGUGAAGCUCACCCCUCUAAAGCAGUGUGCUGUGGAGGGAGCCACAAACAAAGACCAUGACGUCAUCUGGGUGAGGCGGGAGGACUUUGCCAGUGGGUGCAACAGUGACGUUUUCUGAUUGGGAAAGAGGCGAAGAAAGAAAGCAUUGGAGAGAUUAAAUGCAAGCUUUAAAUAUGUGGCAUUCAGAGGGGAAAAACAGUGUACAAAAAGUAUGAAACCUCAGCCUUCUUCCUUGUAUUUAAACGCAACCCUCUUGCAUCUUCCCUUUUCCUCUGACAAUCCUAAAGUUCUUCAAUAACGCAAACAUGCUCACCUUCAUUAGACGAGAUUCCUGAUCAAUAAAGAACAUAAAAUCCUCACUGUUUUGGACAAGCACCCAGGCAUGACGCACACCUGCUGCAUUGUAUUUUCUGACUGCAUGUACACGCCAGUGUGUAUAAGUGCGUAUAGUACACAACAGCACCAAUACAGAGACUCUCGGCAGCUACUGUACUGUGGACACGCUGUCAUGAAGUGACGUCCUCACUAAACUGUGACCUUGUGGCCAAAAAAUGUCUAUUUUUCAACACAGGAAUGUGGGUGUUCUAUUUUUCCGACUUCGAAACUCGUGUUUGUAUUUUCACACUCAAAGGGCUGUGUGUUACUGACUUCUUUUCAGGGGCUCUUUUGGCUUAACGACUGCUGUGUAAAAAAAAGAUGGUGAGAUCCAACUAGCUUUAUUGUGCUUUUGAAUUGUUUUAAAUUAUUAUGAGCUGCACAUCGGUGUAUAGUCAAAGUACGAUAGAGUGCCGUUAACCUCUUGUAUGAAAUGUUUUGAUGCUCACUUUUGUCUCCUUGCAUAUCCUUUUUAAAGAGAGUUUGGACUACAGAUAGUUUACCUAUUCUUAUUUAAUUGCCUUUUUUACUGUAUUUGUAAUGUUUACACCACAAUCAGCUGCCCAGUGUUACAUCUUUUCAUGUGCCAGAAACAGGCUUGUGCACUUCACAUGAAUGUCCACUCUUUACUUAAGUCAAUCAGAUAUAAAGGCAUUGGUAUUUUGAACUGAUUUGAUUAAGGUUAUUGAUAUACAGGACCCUCUUUGCCCCACAGGCCAUGCUUCCUUUAUGCUCCAGGUCUUUGAUAAUAGCAUAAAACUCCUACAACAAUCCUGUUUUACUUGAAUUUUCUUUGUUUUGAAAGAACGUAUUCAGGAAGAGCCAUGUUAGUGACUGUACUGUUACUUCAAGAAUCAGUCAUGCCGUUAACCUUAUUCUCUGGUUCAUAUAUCUUCUCCAGCACCAUUUUAUACAUUUUGUCAUGUCCAGCAGCAUUGCAAACACAAAGACUUCUCUCUCAGCUAUGGCAUCAAUCCUUAGUGCAUUCUCCUCUUCUGCAUUUCUUCCUUUAUCCACCAGGCUGUGCUGUUUCACUUUGUCAUCACAACACCACGCUGAUUGCUGAGAUCAACACAGUCGUGCGCACCUUAAUGGAUGUAUUGAACAUGCACUUAAUACCCAACUGUGAGGAUGAAAUCUGUGAGCUACUCCGGUUAGAGUGUGAGUGGAGUGGAGGGAAACAAUACACUUUGGAUGUUUUUUUUUACCCUUGUCUUCUUCUGAUGCUGAGUUUUUAGAUUUUAGCUUACUGGCUGCUGAUUGUGGCCCAGUAAGGAUGUUCAGACUGUGAGGUACAAUCACCUGGCCGCAGAGGCAAAUCCUGUGAGAAACCCCUCUGACUGCUCCCCUUUGUACUUUGAAAACUGUGCUCGUAAAUAAAACUGUGGAGUAUUAUCAUUUUUAUGUUAAAAUAAAUUUUCUAAAUUUA